GUAAUAUUACUAUGGAUCGUGUGGAUGGAUAGGACAGCCAUCUAUGCUUUGAGGUUACAGCUUAUGAUUACGUUGAAGUAGUGAAGUGUGGUCCUAGUUCUCGUUUUGCAUAUUUAAAGCAGUUUUUAUAAUGACACGGUUGUGGUUCGGGUAAUGGGUAGAGUAUGUUGGAUUACCAAAUUAAAUUUCCGCUGGUUGAUAUUUGAUUGCGGGUUUCUUAUUUUGAAACUAAGCUUGGCCUGAUUGGGGCGCUAAAUUAGGCCAGAUUACGCCAGUUGUCCAGGUAGAAAUAAAUUUAUGUCACUAUAUUUACACACGAAGUUCUCAAGGAAAUACAAAGGAUGAAUAUAAGCUGUGUUGGUGGAAGGCCGAGUAGGGCCCGCGUACGGACUCAUUCACAUUCUACGAGAGACGGUGUUUGUGGCGAUAAAAUGGUAAUCAAAAUGAACCCCAAAGCUGACAUUAGUCAUAGACGGUACUCUGACUCUGAAGAUAAGUCCUCAAGACCACGUACAUUGCCAGGGCCAGAAGAAAUAUCCAAUUUGGUUCGAAUGCAUAGUUCUGUCUUGGGUCAGUCAGCACCAUCUUUAUCAACUAGUAUAUGUCCCCAUGUAGGGGUCAAGAUGUCAAAGGAUGAGGAACAUAGUGGUCAGGGGCCGCUCUGGCAGAGGAUGUCACGUAGUGUGAGCGACUCUACACUUCGCCAUCCUCGUCCAAAUCUUACGCUGCCCCUUCCUUCUGUUACUUCUCUCAUGCAAUUUAAGAAAGAGUUAAGCCUGUCUAGAAGGAGCAGCCGAGUGUCUCAUAGAAAAAGCUUUGUUUCUACAACAUCACCAACACUACCUCGAUGUCACUCGCCUAUCUCAGGAAGUCCACUGGAAAGUCCCAGAAUGUCACCAAGUCAACAUUUUGCAUUUGCACCUGCGAAAAGGGGUGAUGGAAGACGAUGGUCAGUGGCUUCAUUACCAUCCUCUGGUUAUGGAACAACUCCAGGAAGCUCAAAUGUCUCAUCCCAGUGUUCAAGUCAGGAGAGACUGCAUCAACUUCCGAACAUCCCCACUUCAGAAGAACUGCAGAUGCUGACAUCUCACUUCUCAUCCAAUGACAGCAAUCCUAGCAUUGAUGAUGAAGGGAGAAGAUCUCCAUUUCAUCGGCCUCGAUCUCGGAGUCUGAGCUUGGCCUGGCUCUGUAUCGCCACACUAGAUAGCCCAAGUCGAUCGCCUGUUGUUGAUGAUGAGAUAGUGAUGAUGAAUACUUUGUACAAGGAAAGGUUCCCAAAGGCUACUCAGCAGAUGGAAGAACGGUUACAAAGUUUUAUAAAUGACAACAAAUCUAUUGAUGCAAGGGAGAGCUAUGAAAAUAUGCCCAAAGAUUCCAUACCAAUAAUAAGAUUUGUUCAUCAUCAAGUCAUUGAAAUGGCUAGAGAUUGUUUACAGAAGUCAGAGGAGAAACUUGUCACUAGUAGAUAUUUCUAUGAGAUGUCUGAAAAUCUGGAGAGGUUAUUGUCAGAGACAAAAGAAAAGUCUCCUGAAGCAGCUACAAGGUUAACAGGCGCUAUAAAGAAGUUACUUUUGAUAAUAUCACGACCAGCUCGACUGCUUGAGUGCUUGGAGUUUGAUCCAGAAGAGUUUUACCACUUACUUGAACAAGCUGAAGGACAAGCUAAAACAUCACAAGGGAUUAAGGCUGACAUUCCACAGUACAUCAUAACCAAAUUAGGUUUAAACAGAGAUCCUAUAGCUGAACUACAAGAAGAUCUGAGUCAGUUGGAAACCACAUGUUCCUCACCUGAAAAGAUUCAGUUGUGUAUACCUCACUCAACACCAAAGGAGGAGAAGGAAACAAAGGUGCCUUCUGAAGAUGAUUUUGAAAUUAUAAAGUUAAUUUCUAAUGGAGCAUAUGGUGCUGUAUAUCUGGUACGUUUGAAAGAAACCCAUCAAAGAUUUGCUAUGAAGAAGAUUAGCAAGAACAACUUGAUGCUCAGAAAUCAAGUUGACCAAGUGUUUGCUGAGAGAGAUAUUAUGAGUUUCACUGACAACCCUUUUGUUGUUAGUAUGUAUUGCAGUUUUGAAACAAAGAAACAUCUAUGCCUUGUUAUGGAAUAUGUGGAAGGAGGAGAUUGUGCAACACUUGUGAAAAACAUUGGUCCACUACCUCCUGACAUGGCCAGGUUUUACUUUGCUGAAACUGUUUUAGCUGUCGAAUAUUUGCACAGUUAUGGUAUUGUUCACAGAGAUUUGAAACCAGAUAACUUGUUAAUCACUGCCCUGGGCCACAUCAAACUCACUGAUUUUGGACUAAGCAAGAUGGGUCUUAUGUCAUUGGCUACCAAUUUGUACGAAGGUUACAUAGACAGGGAAACAAAACAGUUCUCUGACAAACAAGUGUUUGGAACACCAGAGUAUAUUGCACCAGAAGUAAUAUUGAGGCAAGGGUAUGGCAAACCAGUGGAUUGGUGGUCGCUGGGUAUAAUACUGUAUGAAUUUUUAAUUGGAUGUGUGCCAUUCUUUGGAGAAACACCAGAAGAGUUAUUUGCUCACACAGUAAAUGAUGAUAUUGAAUGGCCUGAUGAAGAUGACUGGCCUGUUCAGCCUGAAGCAAAGGACAUAAUUACAGCAUUAUUACAACAAAAUGCUAGAGAACGUUUGGGAACUGGUGGUCCUCAAGAAGUUAAAGAACAUCCUUAUUUUUUUGGUGUUGACUGGAAUUCACUUUUAAGGCAAAAGGCAGAAUUUGUUCCACAGAUUGACCAUGAAGAGGACACAAGUUAUUUUGAUACUCGAGUGGACAGAUAUAAUCAUGAUAUAGGGGAAGACACAGAUGACACAGAUGAUUCUCCAUUGUUUGGCUCUUUCUCUUCGUGCUCUCCACAGUAUCGUAAAGUACAGACACGUCUAGGAGUAUAUGAAGAAUUGGAAGAUAGCACAGCAAGGAAGUCAUUUUCACGUGGUGAUUCUGGUCAGUCAGAUCAUUCUGAAUCUUCUCCCUCCAAUUUGGGUAGCACUGUGGAUACUCCUGAAGCAGAUGGUAUAAAGGAAUUGGUCGAAUUUGCAGAACAAAGUCGUCAGAAGAAAAUAGCAAAUCCAACUACACCAGAAUCUUCACAGACAGAAAGUGAUGAUGUUUCACCUCAAAUUCAGAGGAAGCGGCGCCUUCAUAGCAAAGAUUCUCUACCACGGUUUUCAAUUUCCAUUGAGGAUAAUCGUUGCAGCAUGGAUUUGGAGCACCUUCAGGAAAUUGCUGCAGUAGAAGACAGGAAUAGUCAAGGUACAGAGGCUGCAAGUACACAGAGGAUUUCCUUGCCAUGCAAACAUCGAUCCAGAGCUGUUAUCAAAAGUGCAUCUGCAUCAGGCCUCUCCUUGAUGAUCCCUUCAGAUGACUGUCCCCCCCAGCCAGUUCAGUCACCUGGUGGAUCCAGUACUGCGAGUUCCCGGGAUACUUCACCCUGUCGGGAGUUGUCUCCUCUUGUCACUAGCCUGAAGCCUCCUAUUAUCAUCCGACGGGGACCACGUGGAUUUGGAUUUACAGUUCAUACUAUUCGAGUUUAUUAUGGGGAUACAGACUUCUAUACAAUGCACCAUCUGGUUAUGGCAGUGGAUGAUGGGAGUCCAGCAUUUGAGUCAGGUGUACGACCAGGGGACCUGAUCACACACAUCAAUGGAGAAGCUGUACAGGGCCUAUACCACACUCAGGUUCUGCAACUAUUGUUGUCUGGAGGAGACCAUGUAACGCUUCGUUCCACUCCACUAGAAAACACUUCCAUCAGGACAGGUGGCCGUAAGCGAGAGCCAUGGCAGAGCAAAUUGGCAAAACGGAGCAUGCAUAGGCAGCGGCGACAGAAGCGGGAACAUAAUGAUAAGAGACGCAAAUCUUCACUAUUCCGUCGGAUCAGCAGCAAACGGGCCAGUGUGGAGAUGCAACAACCUAUGAAAAUUACAUGCCCACUUUCUGCUCCUGUUGUUCCAGCUGACUUAAUGCCUCAGUUCAUGAUUGCAGCCAGCACAUCUUCACCACCCUUAGUAACUCCCACAAGAAGUUUCCAGCCAUUACCACGAACACUGUCCUCUCAGGAUCUUCCUGGAUCUCCAACACACAGUAAAACCUUGCGAUCACCCCCAACAAACCGCAUUACCUUUUCCUCUCCAGAAUCAUCUCACUCUCCGGUCAAUUCUUCCCAGUCAAGCUCCCCAAGCUCCUCAGCACCCAACAGUCCAGCAGGAGUUCCAUCUGGUGCAACAGUACAUUAUCAGAGACCUUCAACAUUACAUGGACUUAAACAUAAACUUCACACAGCAGCCAAAAGCAUUCAUUCUCCAAAUCGCCGGAAAUCUGUGGGACACAUACCGUUGUCACCAUUAGCAAGAACUCCUUCUCCAUCUCCACUUCCAUCAUCUCCAACACGUUCCCCUAGUCCACUGGCAUUCCCAACAGGUCACCAUCCUGGUAGUUCCAAUACCACACAAUCAUAUAGCCCAGGAACUUCAUUAUCAACACCAGGCUCUGGAAACAAAAAAGGAUUUGGAAGACCAAAAAGUGCUGAGCCAGGUUCUCCUCUGCUUCGGCGUGCCCUCUCGCCUGACCGUCUCCAUCCUCGUAGUGCUGAGAGCAAAAGUAAGCCAGCGCCAUCUUCCAUUUCACCUUUGUGCAAUCCUGCUCUUAAGGUAACCAUCUCAAGUGCACCCAGGGUCACUAUCACAUCCCAGUCCCCACCAGUACCUUCAAGACCUACAGUGACCGAAUAUGUAAGUUCAAAUGCUCAGGUGAUUACCUCAAAACCACCUGAACAUCCUUUAUUGGCUCGGCCUGCCAGGGACAUGCCUAUGGAAAAGUCCCUCAAUUACACAGAUCUACAUCAGCGUUCAGAUCAUAAGGAUAAGAAAAUAACUGCAGAGUCUAAUUUUGUAACUAUGAUUGGAAGUUCAUUAGAUGAAGACCAGCAUAUAAGUAACAGUGAAUUUAUGAAAUUGGAACAUAGGACCUCCUUACCCACGGGAUCUGUGAAUGUUGGUGUGAUAGUGCCAUGUGAUAGGACCUCUCAACAUCUUCCUCGCAUCGCUGAGGAAAAAGACUCACCCACAGGAUCAAAGGAGGAAGCCAUAGCAAUGAACCCUCUUGUUACGGAAGCACCGUCAAGUACUGAGAAAUCUGUUGUAAAAGACCAAGAAAGCAACAACAUAAACUUUGGUUUAGUUAAAAACAUAGAAAGUAGUUUGAGAAAGAGCAGGACUGAGAAUAAGUGUGACUUGAAUACACAAAAAGGAAAAACCAGUGAUUUUAAAGCAAUUAAAGUUUCUGAGGAGAAAUUCAUAUCAAGCACCAAGUCUGAUACAAGAACACACCGAAAGGACUGUAGUGAUUCUUCAUGUAAUAAAACAGAAGGUAAGAAUAGCAAAUCAGCUAUUCCUGAAAAAGAAGUAAAACCCAAGGUUGUUGAUGAGUCAAGCAGCUCUCAUUCAGAAACAGGAAAAAGUUCUGCUCAAGAGAAGAGGGAAUUAUAUCGGGUGGGCUCGAGCAAGGAGUAACAUGUAUUUAUAAUGUGUAUGCCUGUUGUUAACACAAUUGUAUAAAUGUUUAUUCAGAAGUUGAGAAUUUUAAUGUUGAUAUGCUGCCACAAACAGCAUACAAAUAUUGUAAAUAGUGUUUGGAUAUAAAAUUGUCACUCUUUUAAUUAGUAUUUGGUUAUAUCAACAUUUCAUAAAAAUAGAGGCACAGCAGAAGUUCCUUUGGCUGUGUAUGCAUCCCAUCCAGCUCGCUAGUGGAGAACAACUUGCUCCUGAUUUGCAAGUGCUAUGUAAGGACAUUUCAGACUGCUUUACAAAUUCAGAAUAUGAAUUGUUGUAGUCAAGACCAGACAUUUGUCAUUGUGGCAGAUUGUUUCUCUCCCCAACCAGCUAAUUGACAAACAAAAAAAUUUGUUUUCUUGCUGAUAUGCAUAGAUUGUUUGGGUGUAGUAUUAUUCCAGUGCAUCUACUGUGCCUUGCUCCAGUGAAACCAUGUCUUAUUAUGAAAACAGGGCUCACACUGAGUGGUGUUCCACGAAGAUAUGUCCAGAGUUGAAAGCAUAUUUCACUGAGACUUGCUGCAUAGGGGGUCUAUGUUACCAGUCAAUUGAAUGAGAGCUGCACACAGUUGAGAAGAAUUUCUUAUGUCCUUCAAUCAGCUUAAAUAAUUUUAAUUGAACAUAAAUAUUCACAGUAAAUUGAUUUGUUGUAAAAUGAGCUCUGUAAUACAAGGUAUUAAACUGUAUAUGAUGUAUCUGAAAAUUAAUACAGCAUUCAUUAUA